AUGUCACCCUCAAAGUCCCCGAUCCGCGUUGGAUUAAUUGGCCUUUCCGCCGAUGGCGGCUGGGCACCAGUCUCACACCUCCCAUAUCUCCAGAAUUCCUCAAAAUAUACCAUCACGGCUGUGUGCAACUCCUCCCUCGAAAGCGGCAACAAGGCUAUUAGCAAAUACCAUCUCGACUCAGCCAAAGCCUACGACUCCGUGGAGUCAAUGUGCGACUCCGCUACCGUCGAUCUAGUCGUGUGCGUCGUGGUUGUUUUCUCACACUACAAGCUCAUCAAACCUGCCAUUGAGCGAGGCAAGGACGUCUACGUCGAGUGGCCUCUGUGCACGACGACCGAGGAAUCAAAAGAACUGGCCCAAUUGGCCAAAGAAAAGGGGGUCAAAACCAUCAUUGGCUUCCAAUCUCGCGUUGGCCAUGUCCACUCCACAUUACAAGAGUUGCUUGAUAGUGGAAGGAUUGGUCGGGUUCUCGCUUCCCAUAUUGUCGGUAGCUCGACUACGCCGGAGACGGGUAAUCGGCUGGAUAAGCGCUACUUGUACUUCAAAGAACGUCAUACCGAGGGUACUAAGGCCCAGGUCACCUUGACGAUCUAUAUGGGUCACACGAUGGAUUUUGUUGCAUCUCUGCUCGGCCAGCCGGAGACUGUCUCUGCGCUGUUGCAGACAACAUGGCCAUACGUCGAUGUCGUGGAUGGGGAUACGGUCAUUGAAAGAAACGUUAAGAAAACAGCCGACGAUUACGCAUCGCUUCAUGGAAUCUUGAACAAAGAUGUUAAAUACACCUAUGUUCUCCGCGGUGGAGACGCAUUCCAAGAAGGUGAUGGUCUCGUAUGGGAUAUCAUUGGGGAGAAAGGCCAGAUCCGGGUUACGGGUGCCACGAUCAUGUUCAAUAUUGGUGCAGAUAACUACAAGAUCCAGGUUAAGGACUAUGAAACCGGGAAGAUUGAAACGGUUCCCAUGCAUGAGAAACUGCCGCUGCCGUUGCUUGCGCAGAAUGUUGGGAUGUUGUAUGAGAGGUUUGCCGAUGGUCAGUUUGUUCCGAGUUUUGAGGAUGCGGUGAGGAGGCAUGAGUUUUUGGAUGCUGUUUUUGCUUCGAAUGAAGAGGGUGGAUCGGUAAAGACAUUUACCGUGAAAUAG